AUGGGGGCCAUCUCGUGUGGCUCUGCUCUGCCCGUCUACUCGGUGCUCCGAGUCGCCCCACCCACCACCAUCACCUCAUGCUCUGUCUACUACACCACUGAGCAGGGAGACACCUGUGAGGCCCUGGCGACCUACUUCUCUCUGGCCAGCAGCUGUCCGUCCCCCGAGUGCACGGCAGCCUUGCAGGCGCUCAACCCGGGGGUGGACUGCAGCGCCAACAGCGGGCAGCUGCCGGCAAGCCAGGCGGUGUGUGUGGAGCGGCGGGCGGAGAUGGCGGGGCUGGUGGCGCUGUGUUCGCAGUAUUACUUCGUGGAGAGCGCCGAGACGUGCGAGUCCAUCCGCAACGGGCCCAACCCGCCUCUCUCCCGUGUCGACUUCUACCGUCUCAACCCUGGCAUCAAGUGCAACCGUCUUGUUCCCAAGACGGACGUUGGCAGCUUGACUGGCUUCGAGGCGUGUGUCGGGAGCACGGACAGUCUUCUCCAGGGGACGUGUCCCCGCGCCACUGCAAUUACAAUCGGCACUGGCGAUCGCUGCACGGGGAUCCAGGUCAAGCUUUUCCGAGCUGUGAACCUAUUAUAUGGGUUCUAUCUAGAGAGCUUCAACCGUACAGUGGGCAUUGGUGCCCUCCAGUGGAUAGCAAUGCAAGGCGCUACACAGGGUACGAACGAUGAGGCGGCCGCUGAAGAGCGGAGGAGGAUCGAACGCAUUCAGCGUCAGCGGAAGGAGCGCCGCGCACGACGCAUGGCGGAAUGGCUGGUUGAGCUCUGCAUUAUGGAGGACGAUGAUUUUGUCAACGUCUUCCGCAUCUCGCCUGAACUGCUGGAGUACAUUGCACCUGUCAUGGCCCUCCCCAUGAGCCACUUCGUUGAGAAGCUCGGGAUCCCGCUCGACCUUUGUGUGCUCAUCCCUAUCAAAUACUUUGCCAGCGCCAUGACAUUCAUCGACCUGGGCCUCUACUUCGGUCUGCCCAAGACCAUUGUGCACAGGAUUGUGGAGGCCUUCCUCGUGCACUUCCCCCGGAGGUUCAAGAAGACAUGGGUGCGCUUUCCCAGUGCAGAGGAGAUGGAGGAGAUGGCCUCGGACUUCAAGGAAGUACGGGGGGUACCGAAUGUUGUGGGAGCAAUUGAUGGCACACAUGUGGAGAUAAGGGGGAUGGAGAACCAUAGGCAAGAGUAUUACAACAGGAAGUCGGUCUACUCAACCCAGUUGCAAAUUACAUGCGACAGCAAGGGGAUUAUCUGGGACUACACCGUCGGCCACCCGGGAUCUAUGCAUGAUCAGGGAAUCUUCCAGCAGUCCGAACUGCACGCGCGCCUAGAGCGUGGUGACCUCGGACCGUACCAGAUCGUCGGUGAUGCUGCCUACCCGCUGCGCAGCUACUGCCUCACUCCUGUCAACGCAACCCGCCGGCGCCUGAUGAAGAGCUGGGAGCAGACGUAUAACUACGUCCAUUCCGCCACCCGCAUGGUUGUGGAGCGGACCAUUGCCAAGGAACCGUACAUUCAGGCAUCAGUGGCGGGUGUGGAUGGGCAACGGCCCACCGUGGUACCACCGGAGUGGCAUGAGGACAUACAGAUGGUGUGA